AUGUUGCGCCGUCCCUUCCAGACGCCCAUGGCUGGUGCCGUGUCUUCGGUCGCCACGGUGGCGGCAUCAGCAUCAGCAUCGGCGUCGGCAUCGGCAUCGACGUCGGCCACAGCAUCGGCAUCGGCGUUGCCUCGGUCGCCGUCCCCCUUCUCCCGCGCCCACCGCGCCGUGGUCGAGACGAUACCCUCGACCCCGAUCCGCGUCAUCCGCACCGUCGAUGCCUUCCGUAGGUGGCGGAAGCCGCACACAAUCAACCAUCGCACCGUCGGCUUCGUGCCCACCAUGGGCGCCAUGCACGACGGCCAUCUCGCCCUCAUCCGUGCCGCCGCCCGCGAGAAUCACCACGUCGUCGUCAGCAUCUACGUCAACCCCGCCCAGUUCGGCGUCAAGGAGGACCUCACCUCCUACCCCGUCACCUGGGACGCCGACACCACGGCCCUGGCCAGGCUCGACCGCGAGCUUGCCGAGGACGGAGUCAACCUCGGUCGCGUCUCCGCCGUCUUCGCCCCCACGACGUCGGACAUGUACCCUUCGGGCUUCCCUGGCCAAGAGGUCGACAGCAAAGGCAGCUUCGUCAACAUCACUCCCGUCGGCGACGUCCUCGAGGGCCGCACCCGGCCGACCUUUUUUCGCGGCGUCGCCACUGUCUGCAUGAAGCUCUUCAACAUUGUGCAGCCCGAUCGCGUCUACUUUGGCCAAAAGGACGUCCAGCAGACGGUUGUCAUCCGCCGCAUGGUCGAGGACCUCAUGCUGCCCACCGAUGUCGUCAUAUGUCCCACCCAACGCGACCCCGACGGUCUCGCCUUGAGUUCGCGUAAUGUAUAUCUCGGUACCCGCCGCCGCAAGCUCGCCGUCGUUCUGAACACUGCCCUGCGUGCCGCCGAGGCUGCGUACGGUGCCGGCCAGCUCGAUCGCGCUGCCAUUCUCGGCGCCGCCCACGACGUGUGCGAAACCGUGCUGCGUGCCCAGAGGGACAUGUCGCCCGAUCGGCGCGCCCUUUUCGAGAUUGACUACAUCUCCCUGGCGGAUCCGGAUACGCUUCAGGAGGUGGACGCUGUCGACGCCUCUCGAGGGGCCGUCAUCAGCGGUGCCAUCAAGAUGCUGCCGCUGGAAGCCGCCCAACCGGGCGAGGAUGUGGGACAUGCAGGCGGUCCGGCCGUGAGGCUCAUCGACAACAUUAUUCUCAAGCCAGCAGCAGUGGAGCAUGGCUCGCUUGGGGGAUACGCGUAG